AUGAAGAGAGCUUACCGGCGACGGCGACUUGCUAGACAACGGUGUCUGGACAAGAACUUGAUAAUGUUUGAGGAGUUAAAGGAGGCGACGGAACAAUUAUUGCAGUUGGUUCAGAAUGCAUAUCAAGUGCUCUCUGACCCUCAAGAACGAGGGUGGAGCUACAAGGGAAAAGUUAAGAAGUCCGUUCAAUCGGGAGCUGGUGCCGAUGAGAUAUAUCAGCCUAUUUGGUUCGCUUACGAAGCAAUGAAUGCUUUUUUGGGAGAUACUCUAAAAUGUAAAAAAAAGUAUGAAUACGUUCAGAUUCACGAACUGUGUAACAGUAGCUUUUGUGUUCAGUGUCCUGAAGAUAUUAUUUUAAUAGCACCUGAUGAUCUUUACGGGAAUUUGCCGACACCCUCUGUAUCUUCCAUUGCAAAUAGUGCAACACCAACCUUUACCAAAGGUAUAAAAAAGAGAACAUAUAAAAAUGAUAAAGGCAAGAAACGACUUGUACAUAAAGAAGACUGGAUAGUGACUAAGAGUAAAUUAUUGAAGAAUCAAAGAAAAAGCUAUUCUAAUCAGAAAGGAAAAACAUUUCCUGAAAAAGUUAUGAAAAGUCCUUGUUGUUGUCGGUUAAAAUGUUUUGAAGCUUUUACAGAAGAAGAACGAUCAAAUUUAUUUAAAAAAAUUUGGGCACUUGGAGAUAGAAACAAACAGUGGGAAUACAUGAUUAAAUAUACCAAAAAGCAACCAAAGAAACGUCAGACUACAGAAGUCACUUUACAUAAUAGACAAUUCACAUUUCUUUAUUUUCUUCCCUUUAGAGAUAACCAAGCCAAAAAAGAACGUGGGGUGAAGGAGCCUAAAGAAGUAAAUCUCGAAGCUAUUGAAGAUAAUGUUGAAGAAAUGAGUAAAAAUCGAUCAAAUCUAUUAACACCCAAAAAGACAGCGACCAGACAAUCCGACGACGCAAAAUCUCUUCAGAACUGGUUGACCCAGGAAAUUUCGUUAAAGACGCUCUUGCCACCUUCCAAUCCUCGCUAA